UUUCUCUCUCUUCAUCCUCCAACCCUCGCCUCCAGUAGUGGAGAACCCACUGCUGAGAUCAUCUCGCUCUCUCUCUCUCUCUCUCUCUCUCUGCGGGGACCGGAACUUUCUCACCCGCCAGUACCCAUCUUCCGCUGCAUUCGCUGCAGGAAAGUUCCGAGCUCUGAAUUUCUUUCGUCCGAGCUCCUACGUCGAAUUGGACCAAAUUUGAAGCGGUGAAGUGGGGGCUGGUUGUGUCGGCCGCGAAAACAGACUUCUUUCACUCCGGGGAGGAGGAAAAAUAUGUCGAUUGCUUUGGAUCGGAGGUGGAAGUUGCAGCUGGUGGUUUGAUGGAAGCCACCGGGUUGAGUAGCUGUGUGCCCUAUUGAUGGAGGUGAAAGCCUGGGGAGGAUGUGGAUGUGGGUUCGCAAUUCCAUCAAGACUUCUUUUUUGGUUGGUUGCAAUACAGAUCGCGGCAUUGUUUUCCACUGUUACCGGGAGUCUGAUUGUGAAAUCUGAGGAUGGGAAGUUUGUUCAUCCACAAGGCUAUGAAACAGGAUCUUACCUGUCACAUUCUUGCAUACACGAUGAAAUACUCCAUCAGAGGCGGCGUCCGGGGCGCAAGGAGUACUCUGUCACCCCUCAGGUUUACCAGGAGUUUGAUUCAUCCAUAAGCCAAGCCCACAGAAGAAGGGCGUUGCUUUCAGUUUCAUCUCCGUCCUCACAACCAAAGGAUUCAAUGCAUCCAAUUAGGAUAUAUUUAAACUAUGAUGCCGUUGGGCACUCCACAGAUAGAGAUUGCAGAUGUGUUGGAGAUGUUGUGAAGCUUGGUGAACCUCCAGCCGCCUCGGUGCCUGGAAACCCUACUUGUGAUCCUCAUGGGGAUCCACCAGUUUUUGUUGACUGUUGGUACAAUUGUACCAUUGAAGAUAUAGCUGGAGAUGAUAAGAAGCAGCGGCUACGCAAGGCACUUGAGAAAACUGCAGAUUGGUUCAAACGGGCUCUAUCAGUUGAACCUGUAAAGGGGAAUUUGAGAUUGAGUGGUUAUUCUGCAUGUGGUCAGGAUGGAGGGGUGCAGCUUCCACAUGAGUACAUUGAAUAUGGUAUUGCAGAUGCAGAUCUUGUUCUUUUGGUUACUACUCGGCCAACUACUGGAAAUACCCUUGCAUGGGCAGUUGCAUGUGAACGUGACCAAUGGGGUCGUGCAAUUGCUGGGCACGUGAAUGUUGCUCCACGUCAUUUGAAUGCCGAAGCAGAAACUCUACUUUCAGCUACUUUAAUACAUGAGGUCAUGCAUGUUCUAGGUUUUGACCCUCAUGCUUUUGCACAUUUUCGCAAUGAAAGAAAAAGAAGGCACAGUAAGGUUACUGUACAAGUUAUGGACAAGAAGCUUGGUCGAAUGGUGACCCGUGUGGUUCUUCCUCGUGUGGUUAUGCAUUCUAGGCACCACUAUGGAGCUUUCUCGGAAAACUUUACAGGCUUAGAGCUGGAAGACGGAGGCGGGAAAGGCACCUCUGGGUCACAUUGGGAGAAAAGGCUAUUGAUGAAUGAGAUUAUGACAGGAUCAGUAGAUACUCGAUCAGUAGUUUCGAAAAUGACUUUGGCUUUAUUAGAAGAUAGUGGUUGGUAUAGAGCUAAUUAUAGCAUGGCAGAUCAUCUUGGUUGGGGCAGAAAUCAGGGGACAGAGUUUGUAACCCUGCCUUGUAAUCUCUGGAAGGCGGCAUAUCAUUGCAAUACGACACAAAUAUCAGGUUGUACAUAUAAUAGGGAAGCCGAAGGAUACUGCCCUAUUGUAAGCUACAGUGGAGAUUUGCCACAAUGGGCUCAAUAUUUUCCACAGCCCAAUAAAGGUGGGCAAUCAUCAUUGGCCGACUAUUGCACAUACUUUGUAGCAUAUUCUGAUGGAUCUUGCACUGAUAUGAAUAGUGCCCGCGCACCCGACAGAAUGCUAGGCGAGGUUCGCGCGAGUAACUCUAGGUGUAUGGCUUCAUCUCUGGUACGAACUGGAUUUGUUAGAGGAUCAAUGACUCAAGGGAAUGGUUGUUACCAACAUCAGUGCACCAAUAACACAUUAGAGGUUGCAGUUGAUGGGGUGUGGAAAGCAUGUCCUGAAGUAGGUGGUCCCAUCCAAUUUCCUGGUUUCAAUGGUGAACUGAUUUGUCCAGCCUAUCAUGAGCUUUGUAGCUAUAUUCCUGUUCCUGUUAAUGGGCAGUGUCCAUCCUCUUGCAGUUUCAAUGGUGACUGUAUCGAUGGGAAAUGUUUUUGCUUUCUCGGUUUUUAUGGGGAUGAUUGCAGCAUGCGAUCCUGCCCAAACAAUUGCAGUGGUCAUGGAACCUGCCAUUCAAAUGGAAUCUGCGCAUGUGAGAAUGGACGAACUGGGAUCGAUUGCUCCACUGCCAUAUGCGACGAGCAAUGCAGCUUGCAUGGUGGUGUUUGUGACAAUGGUGCAUGCGAGUUUCGUUGCUCCGAUUAUGCUGGUUAUACCUGCCAGAACAGCUCCACAUUGCUACCCAGCCUCUCCAUUUGCAGCGAUGUGCUGGCCCACGAUGGAUUUGAACAACACUGUGCCCCGAGCGAGGCAAGCAUAUUACAACAACUUGAAACAGCUGUUGUCAUGCCUAACUACAAUCGGUUGAUGCCAGCUGGUCAAACCUUGCUGAGCAUCCUUGACAAUGGCUAUUGUGCUGCUGCUGCCAAGCGGCUAGCUUGUUGGAUAUCGAUCCAACGUUGCGACAAGGAUGGGGAUAACCGGCUUCGAGUGUGCCACUCUGCAUGUAGAUCAUAUAACUCGGCGUGCGGAGCUGGCCUCGACUGCUCCGACCAGACCCUGUUUAGCAGCGAGGAGGAAGGGGCAGAGCAAUGCACCGGCUACGGUGAAAUAAAGCCUUCGUGGGUGCGUCGGUUCAGAAACUUCUACUCCAGGAAUCAUAGUGGGUAACCACUUGUAGAGAAUCAUGUUUCUUUUUUGUUUUUGGUGCUUUGUAGUUUAUAGGGGAUUAAAGGUAGAAAUCGGUCACGCCUGUAUUUCUGCGUGUUGGGUGGUGGUAACUGGUAAAAAAG